UCAAAGCUACAAAAAUUAGUCAGCAGUCAGCACUGACGUAACAAUGGGCAUGGAUAUAGUCACGGGCCACUGGGUAUGACCCGUUCACCACUUUCCCGGCAAACUUCCCAAUAGCACCGAUCCCAAAAAAUCCUCGCCCUCUCCGAUUCCGAACUCCAUGGAACCCAAAAACAGAGAUUUCCUGAUCCAUCUAGAAGCUUACCUCUCCAAACGUGACGGCGUUGACAAAUUACUCAAAAUCUCCCGUUACGCUUCCAAAAUCAUCAUCGCCUCCUCCGUUAUCCCCGAAUCCCUUCCGUUAUCUCGACGUUUAAAAUCCUUCGAAUCAAGCGUCGGCGUUAGCCGUAAAGCGUUUCGCUUAGGAAAAUUCGUACAAGACUUGAACGCACUCCGUUCAGCUAAUAUCAGUUCAAAAGAAGAAUUAAUUCUCUCGAUUUUAGCUUACGGAGGCGAAGGAUUGUACUAUUUUGUCGAGCAAUUUGUUUGGUUAGGUAAAGCGGGGUUAAUUGAUAAGAAGAAUUUGAGUAAUUUACAGAAGAUUAGUGCUUGGUGUGAGUUUAUUGGGUAUAUUGGAAGUGUGAGUUUGAAGGUUAAGGAAUUAAAGAAGAUUAGCGAAGAUGAGGCGUGUUUGGUUUCGACUAUUGAGAUUUCGAUAAUUAGGGGAAUUGGGUAUAAUGAAGAAGAGGAAAAAUUAAGGAAAUUGAGAAUGAAGAAGUUAAUGAAGAGGUUAUCAGUAAUUCAGGAUUUUGCUGAUGGAUUAAUGGCUUUGGCUGAUAUUAGAGAUGGUAAAGGGCUGUUUUCUGGGCCGCUGUUGUUGUCAUCAGCUGGGCUUUUGUCAGCUCUCAUUAGCACACAUAAGAAUUGGAUUUCUUGCUGAUUGAAAUUGCUGGAUUUGGAGGUAUGAUUUGUAGUUCCAUUAACUGGGAAUUCAUGUUGUUUUAGGAUUAGUUCGAAAUAAAGAUUCGUUUUUAAAAAAAAAGAAAUGUGCUAUGUUUCCCUCUAAAUAAGAAGGGAAUUUGGAGGUAUACAAGAGAUGUCAUGUUAUUUCAUCGCAGAUAGAAAUUCUCUGAAUACAAGAGAUGUGAUGUCCCAAAGAAAACUAAAUACUUUGUUAUUCAUGAUGAUUUUCUUGGAUAAUGAAAGCUUCUGCCAUUUGAUAGUUCUUUAAGUUUUUCUAUUUCAGCUGCUAGCUACUACUUGUACUUAAUUUGGCAAGUUUGCUUAUACUGUUGUUUACACUAGCACAAUCUGGAUUUUCAGCUGA